AUUAGCAGCUUGUCACUAACUGAGAGAGACAAGUGCAUCAGCGAGAAAACUGCACUUUGACAGACAGAUAUAUUGCACUGUCCCUGUGCAGAUCUCGACUGGUGCGCACUGUAGUAGAUCCGAACCGACAGGGGUGAGAAAUAAAAACAUUUUCUUCCCCCCUCAGCUCUCCAAACUUUCCUCCAGCAACGAAGUGGAAUCUGACGCCGCUGAAAUUGACCUGAAAUUAAACAGACCGCUCGGUGACACGUCUUAGACGACUGUUUUUAUAUUGUACAUUUAGAGUUUGUUUAUGUUUAAAAAGUUUUAAAGUAAAUAGAAAGCAGGAAAGGGAGUUUUUGUUGUUGACUGUUUUAUUUUGUUAAAGAAGAUGGAAAUACUUGUGUGUCUGACCAUUUUAUUCUGCACUGUGGCUGGGGUGGAGAUUGGCUGUGAGCCACAAUGCCACUGUCCUGAUGUCCCUCCACGUUGCGCCCCGGGCAACAGCUUGGUGAUGGAUGGCUGUAACUGCUGCAGAGUGUGUGCCCGGCAGUUUAACCAGGACUGCAGCACCAUGGAGCCCUGCGACCACAUCAAAGGGCUGGAGUGUAACUUUGGCUCCGGUGACACCGCCAAGCGGGGGAUCUGCCGAGCCAAAUCUGAAGGAAGGCCUUGUGACUUUGGUGGGAACAUUUACCAGAACGGAGAGAACUUUCAGCCCAACUGCAAGCACCAGUGUACCUGUAUAGAUGGAGUGGUGGGCUGUUCGCCCCUCUGUCCCCAGGAGCUCUCUCUGCCACCCAUGGAUUGCGCCAAGCCUCGGCUGGUCAAGAUACCGGGACAGUGCUGUGAGGAAUGGGCCUGCGACACCAACCAUAUCGGUGAAGACUCUGGUGAUAGCAAUGAGGAAGGAGAGGACUCUAUGAGCUGCGAAGAGGUCGAAGACCAACCGGACGCAGAACCGCUCUCGAGCAACGAGCUCACUGACUUGGUCAGAGGUGGCCUGAAAAUUGAACCAGCCUGGAGGAUGCAGGCCCAUAAUGGUAAUGCCAAGUCAAAGUGCCUGGUCCAGACCACAGCUUGGUCACAAUGCUCCAAGACCUGUGGCAUCGGCAUCUCAACCAGAGUGACCAGCGACAACCCCCAGUGCAAACUGAUGAAAGAGACCCGCCUCUGUCAACUCCGGCCCUGCAACCUGACACUCAACACCAACCUCAAGAAAGGCAAGAAAUGUUUGAGAAUGAAGAAGGCCAAGGAGCCCGUGCGGUUGACCUACGCCGGAUGUACCAGCGUGAGGCAGUAUAAGCCCCGUUGGUGUGGCACCUGCACUGACAGCCGCUGCUGCGUCCCUUCAGAAACCCGCACCAUCCCCGUGCGCUUCCGCUGCGAGGACGGGGAGACCUUCACCAAGAGGAUGAUGUGGACCAACAAGUGCCGGUGCCACUACAACUGCCCGUACCAGAAUGAGAUCUCCUACCCUCACUACAUGCUCCACAAUGACAUCCACAAGUUUUCUGAGUAAAUGCGGCGGAGGCAGGACUCGUGAGAAAAGCAGAGAUUCUGCGUCGUCGAGACCGGCGGCCAUUUGCUGUACCUAGUAGUUCACUUUUCUGACUGUUCAUGUCUACACUGGCAACCACACCAGCUCCAGUUCAGUGGCCUGCUUCACCAACCACAAAGGCCAGACUGAUUGUUCAUUCACAGCAUUGGCUGUUGGGGCACAUUUGAACUUCUGGAUGUAAAUGCUGGUGAUGCCUAUCUGUGUCUGCCUUCUGACCUUGAUUUCCAGUUGUCCACACUCAGUACAUCUCCUGUAGCUCUUGGACUCUCCUCUGCAAGGGUCCUAUUGACAACACAUCAUUUCCUUGAAAACCAACUAACCUUUAAACCCAAAGACUACAUAAUUUCAAAUGGGUCCAAGAAAAGUGAUUCUCAAUUCACAGGAUGUACUUCAAAAUUUGCACCUCUGAAAAUUAAGUUCAAGAAGGUGGGACAAAGAAUGCAGACAAAUUCCAUCUAUCCAGCCAGUGUUAAUCUUUAACCUUUAGUUGAACAGGUUGGUUUAUGACUAGUAUCUCUUCUAUGCCAGUUUUCCGGCUUGGUUUAGAACAGAUCAAAUUAACUGUAACAAGAAACAAUUCACAUUGACAAUUCUUCCUUAUCUAAUUUAAUCAGAGUUAAUGUGUUUUAUAUUUUAUAUAUAUAUAUAGUUGCAAAUGAAAUUUUAAUGUUAUUUAAGGCUUUUGGACAUAGUUUAUUUCCACAGGUGAAAAUGGGAUAAGGACUGAGGUAUCUGAAUGUAAUGCAGACUAAUAAGUUCCUGAAUUGUGGCUUGUUUCCGUUUCUGCUAUGGUACUGUCUUAAAAACGUCUCAAAAACAUCUGAAAAAGUGAUUAUCUUCAAGGAGGCUGAAAAGAUCCUUCUUUAAGAGGAUCUAAGAUGGCUGCCUUCAAGCGAUUUUAUUAGAGCUGUCUCUCAGGAGGCUCUCAAUGACCAGCUCUCAGGCAGUUUAAGAUGGCUGACUCACUGAAGCCUUACUUUCAACCUGCAUUUUGAAUUUUACAACUUCUUCUGAAACUGUGUCCAAUGCCACUGACAAUUUCUGGUAGCUAUUAAGACAUUCUGCCAUGGCACUUCUGAAUGAGCUAAUGGAAACUGUAUCAGAUGGAGAACUGGGGUCUGACUAGUUUCCAAUUGACAUGUUCUGCUGCCAACGAUUGGCACAGUUGGGACAAUGAAGGAAAGAGUGAGAAAGCCUGAGCUCCAACACUUAGAUAUCUCUUUUAAAACAGUAGAUUUGUCCAUGAAUCUUUUGGUUCUUCUUGUUUGACCAUACGGACGUACACACACACUCUCUCAGACGUGCACACAAUUUCACACAUGUACAUAUAUAUACACACACACACACACUCUCA